AUGAAUGGGAAACUUGUAAAAUCCUUAAUAAAUUUGUUCCCUUUUUAACAUUAAGAUAUGAUGAUCAAAUGCGUUUUUGUAAUUGGAUUUGACAAACUUAUUAAAAAGGGAUUCAUCAUAAAUGGAAGUCCAAAAAUACAUGAAAUUAUUGACUAUGCAAGUAAAAAAAGAAAUUUAAAUUAAGGCAAAUUAUAACAACAUGGGAGAUUAUAAUUAAUUCAAGAACCUUGUGAUAUUAGACAUGAAUUGGAUUAAUUGAAAGAUGAAAUAAGCAAAUUAACGCAAUAAAUCCAUUAUAAUAAUUCAAUAAUGUAAUGAUUCAUGAUGUAAAAAUUAAGACAGCGUCAGACUUAAAGAAGCCAUGAUAGACUAGUACAAAAUUUAUCUCCUGUCUACGAUGACAGAAGGAGAUCAGCUUCACUUGGAUUCAAACAGUAAUAAUAAUUGGUACAAAAAAAAUCAAAGGAGAUUACACCAAAGAUUACCGAGACAACACCUCAAACAAUCAAUUAAAUACAUAUAACAAUCUCUAAACACCAUUUAGAUGAUACAGAGAUUAAGUCUGUCAUGAGAGACAAUUUAAUAAAAGAUAAACCUCCAAAACCUAUAAAAACUAUGUAAGAUAAUCAUUAGAAAAAGAAUAACUUUAUUGAUUACUAACAUACAGAUACUGAAGAGCAUUCAGUAUUUGAUGACACAGAAAGAUAUCCAAUACGGGAUCAUUAAAUUCCACAAAUCUUAUAAUAUUCAUAACUUUAAUAGAGUUAAAUAAUAAUAAUAAUAUUAAUAAUAAUAGUUAUAAUAAUCAUAAGUAUCAUCUUAGUAAAACACAAAGUAAAGUGAUCUCAAUACACAUAAUACGCACAAUACAAAUUAAACAUUUGCUUAACCUCAAUCAAGUUAAAAAUAGCUAUUUUAAACCACAAAAUCAUCUCAUGUUCAAUAGAUUUCACCUAAUCGAUCUCCUAAAUUUAAGUUUUCAUAAAAGCAGUAAUCCAAGAGGAAUUUAGAAACUGUUUAAGAAGAAAACUCAUAAUCUAAUGUAAAGUAACAUAGCAGUCAUUCCGCUUCCUCAAAAGGGAGAGCAUCACAUUUAUAAACUAAAACAUAACAAAAUACUUAGGCAGUAUCUAAAAUCAAGGCAUUACUUGAUUAGGAUAAGAAAUAGCAUAAAUAACAUCUACUUGAAAUUGCUAGUGAAAGAAAUUCUUUCAAGAAUUCUUCAGAUAAGUUAAAAUAAAUGCAUGAAGGACAUCUUGUUGAAAGUAAUCAUUCUUAAAUGAAUAGAAUGUCUACUUUAGAAAUGAAUGAAUCUAUUCAAAAAAGAGCUUUAUCUAAUAAUAGUUUUUACAGAUAAUAGUAAUAACAAAUGUCACCAUAAUUAGAUUAUGAACCCAGAUUAAUAGGAACGACGUAAUAUAAUUAAUUUCAAGGUUCUCUUUCUAUGACGAACUCAAAUAAAGGGAGUAAUUUUUUGGGAAAUCCCUAAUUACAGGAUAAUAUAUUGAUUUAUAGCAAAUACAAACAAUAAGUUUUGGAUUAAUAUUCACCAAAGUUAAAUUAUCAGUAUCGGCCUUCAAGCGUUGGAAAGUAGUAGGAAAGUGAACUUAAGAGAUCGGAAGAUUUUAAUCGAAGUUCUGUAAGCAGUACUUUUUCAAUGUUUAAUCCAAAUGAAGAACUAAAAACAUUCUUUUAAAAUGAUUUUUUGGAGAGGAAGAGAUGCACUCAAUAAGGAUAUAAUGAUAUCAUGAAAUAAGUAAGUUAUAUAUUAAUGAAUAAAUAGUCGUCAAUAAAUUCAUCCUAAGAAUACAACUAACAUCAUAGUAAAUACUUAAAUGCGAGUUAAAUUGAAGAUCAAUAAAAUUAUAGUAAAAAUUUAUAUAGUCCUCAAUAAUNUAAUAAUAAUAUUAAUAAUAAUAGUUAUAAUAAUCAUAAGUAUCAUCUUAGUAAAACACAAAGUAAAGUGAUCUCAAUACACAUAAUACGCACAAUACAAAUUAAACAUUUGCUUAACCUCAAUCAAGUUAAAAAUAGCUAUUUUAAACCACAAAAUCAUCUCAUGUUCAAUAGAUUUCACCUAAUCGAUCUCCUAAAUUUAAGUUUUCAUAAAAGCAGUAAUCCAAGAGGAAUUUAGAAACUGUUUAAGAAGAAAACUCAUAAUCUAAUGUAAAGUAACAUAGCAGUCAUUCCGCUUCCUCAAAAGGGAGAGCAUCACAUUUAUAAACUAAAACAUAACAAAAUACUUAGGCAGUAUCUAAAAUCAAGGCAUUACUUGAUUAGGAUAAGAAAUAGCAUAAAUAACAUCUACUUGAAAUUGCUAGUGAAAGAAAUUCUUUCAAGAAUUCUUCAGAUAAGUUAAAAUAAAUGCAUGAAGGACAUCUUGUUGAAAGUAAUCAUUCUUAAAUGAAUAGAAUGUCUACUUUAGAAAUGAAUGAAUCUAUUCAAAAAAGAGCUUUAUCUAAUAAUAGUUUUUACAGAUAAUAGUAAUAACAAAUGUCACCAUAAUUAGAUUAUGAACCCAGAUUAAUAGGAACGACGUAAUAUAAUUAAUUUCAAGGUUCUCUUUCUAUGACGAACUCAAAUAAAGGGAGUAAUUUUUUGGGAAAUCCCUAAUUACAGGAUAAUAUAUUGAUUUAUAGCAAAUACAAACAAUAAGUUUUGGAUUAAUAUUCACCAAAGUUAAAUUAUCAGUAUCGGCCUUCAAGCGUUGGAAAGUAGUAGGAAAGUGAACUUAAGAGAUCGGAAGAUUUUAAUCGAAGUUCUGUAAGCAGUACUUUUUCAAUGUUUAAUCCAAAUGAAGAACUAAAAACAUUCUUUUAAAAUGAUUUUUUGGAGAGGAAGAGAUGCACUCAAUAAGGAUAUAAUGAUAUCAUGAAAUAAGUAAGUUAUAUAUUAAUGAAUAAAUAGUCGUCAAUAAAUUCAUCCUAAGAAUACAACUAACAUCAUAGUAAAUACUUAAAUGCGAGUUAAAUUGAAGAUCAAUAAAAUUAUAGUAAAAAUUUAUAUAGUCCUCAAUAAUAUUAAAUUGUUGAUAAAUCUAAUGUAUUCAAUAAUAAUCGAUUGAGCGUAACCAGAAUACUAAAUAAUUCAUAAAUAUGA